UUGGAAAACGGCAACCGACACAACGUGGCAGUCUGAAAGCGAGCAGACGGCCUUGUUAAUGCUUUAGUAAUAAGUAUUGUUUGAUCGACGAGUGUCGAGCAAAAUGACAACGAAUUUUAAUUCAGCUACGUAAAGGCUUAGUGAGUCGAUCCCAUUUUCAACAUAUCCAGUUUAUCAACUAUUCACACGUGGCGGUCUGUAACCGCGGUAAAAAACGGAUAAUCCCGUUGAGGUUAGAUUCACUCGUCAAACGCACAAACGGUGCACUUGAAAAUUGCCGUAUACGGCAAAUAUUCGACACCGAGUUGGAACAUGUUGAACGUUUUGAUAUUUUGAAGUUAGCAAACUUGAAUUGGCUGUAGAAUCUUGAAGAGAAAGAGCUUUUAGCCAGUAUUCGUCGACGUAGAGAAUCAUGAAACGACGUUCAGAAAAAAAGAAUACCAUCGAGGAUGGAAGUGGUGAACCAUUCGACGCUCAACAACACGGAGAUAUUCGUGGCGACGAGAAAAACAUCGCUAUAUUAUUCUUUCUCUAUCUUCUACAAGGCAUUCCAAUCGGUCUAUCCAGUGCUAUUCCUAUGAUACUCCAAAACAGAGGAGUUUCGUAUCGUCAGCAGGCAGAGUUUAGUUUUGUAAAUUGGCCGUUCUCGCUAAAAUUAUUAUGGGCUCCGAUCGUUGACUCCAUGUUCUCCCAGAGAUUUGGGCGAAGAAAAACUUGGCUUAUACCUACUCAGUAUUGCAUGGGGCUAUUCAUGCUCUUUUUAUCUAGUAACAUAGACACUUGGCUCGGCGACAAGAAUACACACCCAAACAUAGAAUUAUUGACUGCGCUAUUUUUUUCUCUCAACUUCCUCGCCGCCACUCAGGACGUAGCGGUCGAUGGUUGGGCCCUUACCAUGCUCAAAAGGUGUAACGUGGGUCACGCAUCCACAUGCAACAGCGUCGGACAAACUGCAGGCUAUUUCCUCGGUUAUGUGUUAUUUAUAGCACUUGAAUCGGCAGCAUUUUGCAACGGUUAUUUGAGAUCAACGCCGUCCGAAGAAGGACUGGUCACAUUACCGGGAUUCCUUCAAUUCUGGGGUUGGAUAUUUAUCGGCACAACAACCCUGGUCGCAAUUUUCAAACACGAGGACAGCGUUGGGCCUUAUAAAGAUGAACCAGAAAUGGAUAUAACGCAUGCAUAUAAAUUGUUAUUAGAUAUCAUCAAGUUGCCGAGUAUUAAAACACUGGCGAUCAUUUUGUUAACUGCCAAGAUUGGAUUUUCUGCUUGUGAUGCUGUGACAGGUCUGAAAAUGGUAGACGCUGGUAUUCCUAAGGAAAAGAUGGCUUUAAUGGCAGUUCCUAUGGUGCCGCUUCAAAUUGUUUUACCAUUGGCCAUAGCAAAAUAUACCGUCGGACCAAGGCCAAUGGACGUUUACUUGAAGGCUAUGCCGUACAGGCUGGCUUUUGGAUUGGUUGCCGCGUUUUUAGUAUGGCUUACACCCUUUGUAGUGGUGAAUGGAGAUGUUCCACUUUAUUACUACAUCGGCCUCAUCGUCGUUUACUCCAUCCAUCAGGUCACUCUCUACAGCAUGUUUGUAGCUGUGAUGGCAUUCUUUGCAAGAAUAAGCGAUCCUGCUGUGGGUGGUACUUACAUGACGCUACUCAAUACGCUGUCCAAUCUCGGUGGGAAUUGGCCGGCUACAACCGCUCUCUGGUUUGUUGAUGCUUUCACCUUCAGGCAAUGCAGUACGGAUCCUACAAAUGAUUGCAGUACCGUAGCUGAACGAGAGCAAUGUGUGAAUACUAGUGCUGGCAAGUGUCACACACAGUUGGAUGGAUACUACAUUGAAAGUUUACUUUGCGUUAUCAUUGGUAUUGUCUGGCUGAGGUGGGGGCGAAGGAAAAUCAACUAUUUACAAAAUAAACCACAUUCGGCAUGGCAAGUGGUGACACCGCAUCAUAAAAGUUAACGUCAGAUUUUCAACGUCUAGAUUUUCUAAUUUUUUUCUUGUGCAUGAUAAUCAAGGAAUCGGUAUCAACUAAAAUUUUCCAAGAAAAAACCAAAAAACAAGCACAAAGUUUUAUAUAUAUAUAUAUAUAUAUAUC